AUGAUGCUGGGCCCUGAGGGAGGCGAAGGUUUUGUGGUCAAGCUCCGUGGCCUGCCCUGGUCCUGCUCCGUUGAGGACGUGCAGAACUUCCUCCGCGACUGCACGAUUCGCGAUGAGACAGCGGGCGUCCACUUCAUCUACACCAGGGAGGGCAGGCAGAGCGGCCAGGCGUUUGUUGAAUUUGGAUCAGAAGACGACGUAAAAAUGGCCCUGAAGAAAGAUCGGGAAUGUAUGGGACACCGAUACAUAGAGGUGUUCAAGUCCCACAGAACGGAGAUGGAGUGGGUGUUGAAGCACAGCGGUCCCCACGGUGCCGACGGCGCCAACGAUGGCUUCGUGCGUCUGCGAGGACUUCCGUAUGGAUGCACAAAGGAAGAAAUUGUCCAGUUCUUCUCAGGGUUGGAAAUCGUGCCAAACGGAAUCACACUGCCCGUGGACUCUGAGGGCAAGAUUACAGGGGAGGCUUUUGUGCAGUUUGCCUCACAGGAGUUGGCCGAGAAGGCCCUGGGGAAGCACAAGGAGCGGAUCGGUCACAGGUAUAUCGAAGUGUUCAAGAGCAGUCAGGAGGAAGUCAGGUCGUACUCGGAUCCCCCUCCGAAGUUCAUGUCGGUGCAACGGCCGGGGCCCUAUAACCGCCACGGCGCGGCCAGGAGGUACGUGGGCAUCGUGAAGCAAGCGGGCCUGGAGAGGGUGCGGCCCGCUGCCUACAGCGCCGCCUACGGCGGCUACAGCGGCUACGAGGAGUAUGGUGGCCUCAGCGACAGCUACGCCUUCGCCGCCCCCGACGUGUUCGGGAGCGACCUCGGCUACUGUCUCCCGGGGAUGUACGAACACAGAUACGGAGACAGCGAGUUCACGGUGCAGAGCACCACCGGGCACUGCGUCCACAUGAGGGGGCUGCCGUACAAAGCCACCGAGAAUGACAUUCACAACUUCUUCUCUCCCCUCAAGCCUGUGAGAGUGCAAAUCGAGAUCGGCCCCGACGGAAGAGUGACCGGCGAAGCAGACGUGGAGUUUGCCACUCACGAAGAGGCCGUGGCAUCGAUGGCGAAAGACAGGGCCAACAUGCAGCACAGGUACAUAGAACUCUUCCUGAAUUCGACGGCAGCGGCCAGCAGCCAGGUGUACAGCAGCCAGGUGAUGCAAGGCAUCGGGAUGCCGGUGGCCCAGGCCGCUUACGGCGGUCUCGAGAGCCAAUCGGUGAGCGGUUGCUACGGCGCGGGCUACGGCGGUCAGAACAGCAUGGGUGGAUACAACUAG